UAUUUAGAAACGGGUUUGUCAAUUUACUGUACAUGUUUUGGUGUGGAUAACACGGGGCAGGGCUAAUGAAUUUCGAUUAACAAAUUAGCGACAAUUAAAACAACAAGUGGCAUCAAAAUACAGGAAGGAAUAAAUUGUCUCUUUUGGACAUUUGCACACACAUAUAUGGCAUAAAAGACACAGAACUAUGAGACUGUGCACCAUUGUAGUGUUGUCGAGUUUUGUGGUAAGCAGUCUGUGUCAGACGCUCGAACAGGAAGUAUGUACAUCUGACCUAAGUAAGGCCGAUAUAAACUUCAUCAAUGCAGACGUUAUUCUUGGUGGAAUAUUUAACUUGAGAGGAGAAGGAAAGAAUGAUUAUGGAUGCGGAAGUCCUCGCCCAGAGGAAAUGCUGUCCUAUGAGGCGGCCAGGUGGACUAUAAAUAGAAUUAACACCAACAACUACAUCCCUGGUAUCAGAAUGGGUAUGAGAGCGUAUGACGUGUGUAGGUCGCCACAUCAAGCCAUCGCUGCUGUCAACGACUUUUACCAGCAAUACUCCCACUCCAGCAUGUACUGUAACAGUACCAGUAAAUAUAACCUAGGUAUUUUGGGAGGAUUUACUAGCGACACAACAAUCCCUGUGGCAGCUCUUACUGCAAAAUUCCCUGCAUCCGUGAUCUCACCUAUAGCUGGUGCACCGGAGCUCAGCGAUAAAUCUCGUUUCCCAUACUUCAUGAGGACCGGAAUGUCUUCUGCAGAACAGAUAAGGGCAAUGAUAGAAGGCAUGAAGGUGAUGGAAUGGGAGAGGAUCGUGGUAGUGUACUCAGACGACCUUUACGGUACAUCGGCCAUGAAUGAGAUGUUGAGACGAUCGCAAACGGAAAAUGUUUGUGUCGUUAAAUCAUUUGCUGUACCCAAAAGCAGCAGUAUGGCAGACUAUCUUGAAAAACUUGAAGAUAUUGGAAUGUAUGACGUCAGCGGCGGCGUAAUUUUUGCAGACCACGAGACAACCGAGAUGGCAUUAGAGGCAAUAGACCAGGUGCCCGGUGCUAGCGGUAUCCAGUGGAUGGUGUCACAGAUCAACCUGAAUGCUCAAACAUAUUCAGGUAGAAUGAGGGGUGCCAUUUUUGUUCAGCCAAAGAUAACGGAAGUUACGGAAUUUUUCGACUACUUUACAAACAUCGAUGAGAAUGUUCAGUCUGCAGAGAAUCCAUGGUUUCGUGAUUGGUUUAUGUCAUUGUUUCAGUGCCGACUGCAAGGAGUGAAUUACGCUCCAUACAAUGGUUUAUCUGACUGUACGUCAAAAACUGCGCAGCAGAAACGUCUCGCCAUCAACACGAGAUACUCUGCAGUAGAUUCAGUCAUCAAGGCGGUUUAUGCGUUUGCCAGGGCACUGAAGACGGCACACUCUCAAACAUGUGGAAGUACGCCAGGCAUGUGUCUGGGACUUAGACAAAUGACCCCACAACAGUUCCAGGGCUAUUUGUCUGAAGUUAAUCUAGAUUUAAAUGAUGUGAAUAUCGCCAGUUUGAGAGGCAUGCGGGUGAAAUUCGACUCCAACGGAGAUUUUUACACGUCUGGCCAUACUUACUGGAAUUACAACAACCAGCCAUCAGGAUUUUAUGCUUUCAAAAACGUUGGAACAUUUGUAGACAAUGUCUUCAACUUGAAUGCUGCAAAUGUUUUCAUGUACAAUAAUGAUCGUUCUUCACCUCUGACUGCUCUGCCAUCAUCUAAGUGCCCAACAGCCGGAUGUAGAAACUGUGAAGUACAUCGACCAAUGGUACAUUUCACAUACGCACCUGGAGAUGUCGUACUUGGUGGACUGUUUGAUAUACACGCUAAAGGCUCAGAAGUCCUUCUUUGUGGUGCACUCAAACCGACCCAUGCAUUAAACGUUGCUGCCUUCCGAUAUGCCAUUAGACAAGCGAAACAAGUUUUUCCUGGAAUUUUGAACGGAGUCGACCUUGGGUCAUUAAUUGUUGACUUGUGUGAUAGCGAAGAGACAGGACGUUUGCUGUUGAAUAAUAUACUUGGUGGACGCCAUGUUGUUGCAAAUGUAGAUCCUAAUCUCAUGAAAACAGUCGUCGGGGAACUUGAUAGUACUGAAGCUAUCUCAAUGGCCUCAAUGUUAAGUCGUUAUGAGAUGCCCUACAUAGAGUCGUCUGCAACAAGUGUUACUUUAAACGAUAUGGGACUUUUUCCAACAUUUACACGGGCUAUUCCAUCAGAUUACAAGCAGAUGUUGGCCCUCGUUCUACUAUUGAAGAGGAUGGAUUGGACGUACGUACAAGUUAUCUACUCAGGCGAUGCUUAUGGCAUAUCUGGCUAUGAGACUAUGAAAAAAGAGGGUGCUAAACAAUCCAUUUGCAUAGCAGCCAACCAUGAAAUAGGAAAAGAUGGAAGUAUAGACGCCAUAAUUGGCCGACUAAAUGAAAAGCCAGCUGCUCGAGCAGUCAUUGCAAUAGUUGAUAUCGGUGACUACCGUGAGAUUUUGAGAACUAUCAAGGAUAAAAAUCUUCAAGGUCAAUUUGUUUUGAUAGGAACAGAAGCAUGGGGACGUAGGGAGUCCAUUGUCACCGGAUAUGAAGAUGUUGCCGAGGGAAGUAUUACUUUGGACAUUACAGCACCUGAAAUUUCCAAGUUCCGUCAGUGGUUGAGUACAUUGAAGCCCACAGAUCCAGAGACUAUGAGAGAAAUGCCGUUCCUUGCGGAGUGGUACCAGUAUGCCUUUAGUUGUUACCUUGACGCUAAAAAUAGAGGAACAUACACUGUCGAGUGUAAUCCAGACUUGCCACUUACUUCAGCGCCAAGGUUUGAAGUGUCCUCAUAUACACCAUUCAUGAUUGCAGCUACGUACGCAGCAGCUCGAGCCGUAGAUGAAACCAUCAGAGACUUUUGUGGGGAUGGCAGUAGAAAUUAUAACGGACUUUGCUGGCAGUUCCGCAGUAACCCCGAUGUUAAAGAAAAAAUUCUGCAAUACUUACGAAGUUCUGAAUAUCAGUUGAAUGGUUAUCAGUUUAAAAUGAUGAUGGGCGAGGGACAGGCUAAUUACGAGUUCUACAGUUACACAGGAGGCGAAUACGUCAGGAUUGGUACAUAUGAUACAGAUGAUUCUUCUCUACAACUAGACUUUGUCAAUCCCAUCAGUCUGCCGAAUGGGUUCAUGUCUUCCUGUGUGUCGAGGUGUGGCGAAUGUGUCUACCUCGUACAGAAUAACCCAUUUGUUCUAAUCAACGAUGAUGCCGACUUAAGAAUUGGUGUCAACUUUGCACUGAAAGACCCUGGUCCCGAUCCUUUUCUUUGUGAAGCUUUGAGGUUGACCAAUGGCAUGCAGUCUUACUUGGCGGUAGCUUUUGCUCUUGAUGAAGUGAACGGCGGAAGAUCUCCGUUUGUAUUAAAUGAUGUCAAGGUUGGUGGUCUUCUGAUUGAUCAUUGCAACAGUGCGGCUAGAGCAUAUGGAAUUCCGUCUGCCUUGUAUUCUGGGAUACUUGGAGAUUCCGAGCCUAGACCUAAUUUGAAUGCAAUUCGUGCGUGGUUAACAGACAAUUCCAUGGUCACCCAGGAAAUGAAAGAUUUCUUCAGCGAUUUCAAUCUUCCAGUUAUCAGUUCUAUGGCAACAACAAACAGUUUUCUUGAUGAUGAUGAAUACCCUACAUUUUUGAGGACUAUACAGGGUGAUAGUACAAUAGCCAGCGCACUUGCAAUCCUGGCAAAGUCACUCGGACUGCAGUAUGUUUCUGUUCUGUACUCAAGCGACAGCUUCGGCCAUGGGGGAUUUGAUGUGUUUAGUUCAGUAGCCAUGCAGGAGGGUAUUUGCAUUAUAAAAGCUAUUGAAAUGGACGACUCGAAUGUUGACGCUAUUGUGCAGGAGCUUAUUGAGCAAUCAACUCAUGCUGUCAUUACGUACCUCGGACUCAAAGACAUGGACUCCUUCCUGGAGGCCAGGGGAAAGAACACAAAAGGCGACAACUUGGUGGUGAUCUCCCCAGAACCAUAUCCAAUGGUUUUCAACAGGCGUGGAAUGGAUGCACGAAAUGUGCUCGCGCUAAGAAUGAAAUCUAACAACUUAGAUUUAUUUAACCAAUACCUAGCCUCUUUAGAUGAGACGUCCUUCUCUGAUGACCAUCCAUACUUGAGAGCAUAUUAUAUGCAUCUAUUCCAGUGUAAUCUGCCGGGAGAGUAUAGAUAUUCAUCCGACUGUGGGGCAAUUAGAGAUAUAACAACCAGCACUAGUUUCUACGACGACAAUUACGUACUGCCAAUCAUAAAUGCUGUAUUCGCAUUUUCCGGUGCCGCACACGAAACCUUGAAAGUCCAGUGUGGUGAAAACUACAACGGUGUUUGCGCCAAGUUUUACUCUGAUCCAGAAACAAACACGAUUUUAUUGAGAAAAAUGCGAGAAGUUAGCUUCAUGGAUGUCAGUGCGUCGCCAUUUUCUUUCAUCGGAAAGGAAGGAAGUACUGGAAGAGAGAUCAUACACUUUGAUGGAAGUCAAAUGAAAAAGGUUGCUGAUUUUGCCGGCGCUUCUUUGAAUAUAAUAGAUCGUAACCUACGUACAAUGUUUGACAACACGAAAUCUGCGUGUAUUUCACCGUGCACAGAGUGCAUACAAAACAACAUGAACUUCACAUAUACACCUGGAGACGUCAUGGUGGCAGGUCUAUUUGAUGUACAUCAGGCUUCUCUAACACCGUUCUCCUGUGGUGACAUCAACACAAUCCGCGGCUUUCAGCUGCUUGAAGCUUUCCAUUUCGCCAUCAACAAGGUCAAUGAUAAAUCUGGCCAAUUUGCAAAUGUUUUGAAGAACGUCAAAUUGGGUGGUAUCGGUCUAGACGCAUGUCAGAGCGCCGUAAAGGGAGGGUAUCUUGUAUCAAAUAUACACAAUGGCAUAUCAGUCCUACAACGAGAUGGAAACAUAAUUAAUCCGGAUGGAAUAGAAGCCUACAUUGCAGCAUACUCCAGUGACAGGUCGAUUUAUUUGGCGAGACUGCUGAAAACAUUGAAAAUACCGCAAAUCAGUUACGGUUCUUCGAGUAUUUCUUUGCUUGAUCAAGAUCGCUAUCCGUUCUUUUUGCGAACAGUACCAGCUGACGAUAGACAAGCAAUGGGUAUCAUGAAAUUCCUGCGUAAUUAUGAUAUCAGAUACGUACAGAUUGUCCAUACAUCUGAUAAUUACGGAGAACAAGCUGCGAAAAUAUUAAACCAACUUGCAGAGGAACAGAAAGUCUGCGUCGCUCAAACUGUGGCAUUUUUACCACAAAGCUCCGUUACAGUUGAGAAUGCCAACGACGUGGUGCUUAGCUUACUGAAGAAGCCAGUUGCUAACACAGUUAUUGUUUUUGCUGACAUCAGCUUUAUCAAUGAGCUGCUUCAAGCUGUCCGACGAAAUCCUGAUGCUCGAGGUAAAUUCAAAUUUAUUGGAUCAGAUACGUGGGCCAACAAUCAUGAAUCUAUUGAAGGAGUUGAAGACAUUGCCCUGCACUCAGUCACCUUAGAUUUAGACGUGGUCGACAUUCGUGAAUUUGAUGAAUACCUGUCAACAAAAACACCUGCCAACUACCCAGAAAAUCCAUGGUUUCCGGAAUACUAUGAGGAAAUCCAGAACUGUUAUCUUACCAUCCCAGAUACAAGGUACCCGGGUCGAUGUUCAGCAACCCCAAAGAACAUUGUCACUUCCAGGAGGUACAAACAAGAUACGGCUCUAAUCCAUGUGAUAAAUGCUGUAUAUUCGGCAGCAUACGGCCUUGACCUUGCCCUGCGUGAGGAUUGUGGUGAAGAUUAUACCAAUGUCUGUGAGGCUUUCAAAAAUCGUGAUGGCCGACAUGAAUUUGUUCUUGACAAGAUCAAGCAAGCAAGUUUUGUGGAUCUGUCGGGUCAACCAUUCAGUUUCUCAGACAGAGGUGAUGGCAGCAAAGGAUAUGUUCUUUACAGCAUUGAUUCUUCAAAUGACCUUGGAUUCACAUAUAGCCCAAUUGCCAAGUACACAAGUGACGGAGAAUUGAUGAUGACACGAAUGUCAUACAAGCCAGCCUGGGACGGAAGCUGUGAGCGCGUAGACUCGUGUACUGAAUGUCCAACCAUCCGUAACCUUCAAACCAGAUAUAUGCUACCAAGGCAUAAUGACAAGGCAAACAAUCCCAAUCCUGCCACAUUGAUCUACGCAGCUAGAAUCCACGACCAAGGCAAUGAUGAGUAUAGAUGCGGAGCCAUGAACAUGGAGUCGACCAUGCAGGCCCUCUCGAUUCUCUACACAGUACAUUAUUCCAAUCUCAUCAUCAAUAAACCGUUCGAUCUACGUCUUCUCAUCCUAGAUCACUGCAAUAACCAGUUACGAAUAGAUCAAGACAUAUUCAAUUUACUAACAACAGGAAAUCUUUGCAAUGCCGAAUUUGAUUCAGAUGGAAGCCUAAUUAAUAAAGAUACAGUGAUGGGUGUACAAGUACAGUCAUCUCGUUACGUUGUCGCGGCCAACAGAGUGACGGCACCCGUUAAAAUCCAACUUAUGAGCGGAACAGCUUCAUCAACUGCCCUGAGUGACCAAUGGCGUUAUCCCUAUUUUGCACGUACAGUGCCGCCAGAUAAUAUUCAAAUGGAAGUGAUUGCCAAAAUUUUAAAGCACAAUGGUUGGAGUUAUGUUGGUGUUAUUUAUGCAAAGGACAGCUACGGAAUCAAUGGCUACAAAGACUUGCAAUCCAUUGUCAAUGAUGGCCAGUAUUCAUGUAUCGGUACUGCGGAAGGUAUUAACAGUCCAAGCACAGUAGCCGAGCUACGUCCCAUUGUUAAACGUCUGGCAGAAACCAAAGGUAUUGGUGUAAUAGUUCUUAUUGUAUUAGAUCCACGACCAAUUCUGGAUGCCCUUAUUGCAGAAGGCAUUGCGGAGAAUUAUCUUUUAAUCGGAACGGAUACUUGGGGAGUGAGAUCGUUUAUCACUGAGGAUAUUGCCAAGCAGUUUGCUGGUGCUAUUACCAUUGAUUUCAGAAAUGCGUUUUAUAAUAAUUUUGUUAACUGGACAAAGACAAUUUCCUUUAGCAACAAGAUGGGAUUACCAGAUGACUGGUUUGAAGAGUUCUACCAGCAUAUUCAUGAAUGUCUACUCCCAAAUUCCAAAUUACAAAUGCCAGACUAUCGCCUUUGUUCCGGACCAGAUGGAAAGGGUGAAACUAUCACCGAAGACAAAAUUAAACAGUUUGCUCCCCGACUCACUAAUAUUGCCGCAACAUACGCCAUGGGUAAUGGAUUAAAUAAGUUAUACAGAGAUUACGGCUGUGCUGACAAAACAUUUACCUCUUGUAUGGCCGGCAUCAAAGAGGCAAGGGACGUUCUGUUUGAAAAUACAUUAGCACAGACUUGGAGCAUCAAUGCGGGGCAGGUUGAUCCAAGAGAAGCUUUUAACCUCGAACUUGGAGAAGAUAGGUACUGGAAUAUCGGUUACAACAUUUACUCCUUCGGCCAAGAUAAUGAAUAUUACAAGAUCGGAAGCAAUUCUGAACGAGGCGGUUUCCGAUUUAAUCAGGCUGGUAACUAUGAUAGUCAGCAUACAGGAAUCACAUCAGAAUGUCCCACGGAUCAGUACUGUGAUUGUGCAAUACAGGACGGACGAACGGAACAACAGGAGUCUCAGAACAUGACUCAACCAAAAUACAUGCGUGACCACGAACCCAGGAAUUAUUUCAUGUAUGACGAGGAUACCCUGGAACAGGUUUAUCAGUGGCCAAUCUGGGCGAUCGCAACUGCUGUUCUCAGCUGUAUCGGACUCGUUGUAGGCCUUGUCCUGUUCUUCUAUUUCAUCAUCUGCUAUCCAGUGCGUGGCGGUACGACGAUACUUGGCUUUUUGAUGAUGCUUGGUCUGUUCGGAAUUUACGCUACAAAUUUCGCAUUCUUUAAACCUGCAGCAGAAGAUAUUUGUGCCGCCAGAAAAUUUUUGAUGGGAGUUGUAUAUACAGUUGUUUUUGCACCAUUAUUUGUAAAAGCUGUGGACAAUUGGCGAUUUAAAGACUCUGAAUUUAGUCCAAAGCGCUACGCUGGACUUACAAGUCCGAUUUCGUUGGUGUUAAUAGCUCUUGGUAUUAUAUUGAUCCAGUGCAUUAUACCAAUUGAGUGGCUGAUUUUACGUCGGCCAACAGCUAGCUUGAUGGCUGACUCAACAGAUCAACAUGAUUGGAUGUGGUGUGACCCACAUGAUUUCUACGACAUCUCAAUGGUACUAUCAAUGUCGUUUGUCGUAUUUUUGGUCAUAUUGACGGCCAUCUUUGCAGCACUUGCAUGGGACAGCGAGAGCAAUUACUUUGAAUCCAGAUGGAUCUUCGUCUCCUGCGUGUGCACGGCUGGGUGCUUAAUGGUCUGGAUGGUGGUGACGACGAAUGCCGGGCCGCCAUACCGAGAUCCAGCGGUGGCGAUUGCAAACUUCGUCAAUGCAACAGCUUUACUAAUAUUUAUACCAAUUAGAAAGCUGAUACUACUUGUACAGUUUUCCGCCGAGGAGGAGGAAGCCAAAAUGCCAAUGCCAUCAGAUGAACAUGAUCCAAAUAAUGAGAUAUAUUCAACCGUAUAUACAAACCAAAUGUAUCAACCAGACGUUUUCCAAGCAGAAUCCACAAAACAGGACUCGGAUGGUGGCUACUAAAGAAUUAUGGCUGGUGAUUGGUUGUUUGGAAGGAGCUAUGUUAUGCUGGAGGAGAAACCUCAAAACCAUGAAAAAAAUAAUACUCAAACAUUUCCUGAUGCUACAAGGAUUCAGGACACCGUUUGGUGUUCACAGAACUUAAGAAAAAAUAGAAUUCUUUUUUUAAUGAUUUUCAGAUAGCGCUCUUCAACUUGCCUAUAUUUAAUGUGUUAUGAACACAUUGUUUUCUGCUUUAUAGCUUUCUAUGUGGACAAUCUCUGAAAUAUUUCAAAUAACAGGAAAAAAUAAUAAAGAUAAUUCUAGCAUUUGAAAUUUAAAGCACAGGCAAAUUUUAUAAAUUGGGGCAAAUAGAUAUGUGUUCCUGCUUUUUUUUAUUUUCCAUAACUUACAUGAUUUUUUCAUUAUAACUGUUUGUUUUUGUUUUGUUUUUUGUUAAUGCGUGAAACUAUAUUUUCAUAAUUCAUAAGAAUUGUUUUGAGUGAAGAAAUAAUUUGUGUGAGACAUUGUGUUAAAAUAUAUUUUUUAAUUAACCGUUUAAUGACAUAGAGUUUAUUAGAAAAAAAAGGAACUAUUAAUACAUACAGUGUCAUGACAGUUACAGUGCUGGUACUAAAUUUUAAAAAUGUUUAAUUUCAUGCUGUUUUAAUUUCCUGGUAAAUUACGAAUCGGCAAACCCCUUUAAAUGCUUCAAACUGUGCUAUAUAUAGAAUGGUUGUGAUAUGUGAUUGGAUUGUUCUUUUUGUGAUAGUUAUUGAUUUUCAAUGCUGAAGAGUAUAUUUCAAGGGAGACAAUUGUUGAUGAAAAUGCUUGAAAUAAGGUUAAAACACAUUUGUUGUGUAUAAUUUUAGAGUUUAGUUUUGCAUAAAAUAUAAAAAGUUUCAUUUGAAAUGUUUUCAAUAAGCUAUAAAACUGCUAAGUUUUUUUGUUUUGUCAUAAAAACUUAAAGUAUACUAGCAUGUUGUUUGUUUUUUUUAUAGAAAUUAUUUUUUUAAUGUUGAUGAAUAAAAGUGAAUCAUGCAUAAUAUUGUUAAGAAUUACAAAUAAAAUUAUAAACUUUAUACACACCAUGUGUAUGGAAAAGUGGUUUUAUAAUUUAUAUACUUUUUUAAAUAUUUUUUGUUGGUGAUUUUUUUUUUAGAUAAAGCUUUUUUUUGGAAAUAUAAAAAAAUAUGAAAAUGUGUAAGAAUGAAUGAUUAAUGAGAUAUUUUUGCUAAUAAAAAUGUCAUGUCUUGUUUUUCUUAAAAGAAAUUUUAGGAUGUCAUGGCAUUACCCAAUUAGUGCUUAUAUUGUAUAGUUGCUUAUUUUUGUAAAUUUUAUUAUAAACGUUAUCUGAAUCGUCUCUACAUGUAUAUAUUAUAUAAGUUUUUGUUAAUGAGAUUUGAAAAGAGAGACUGUCACAUUUAUACAACUAUAAAUAUGCAAUUUAGAAAAAUGAUAAAUAAAACAUGUAUAUU